CUAGGAUGGUUAACGCGUUAUUUUAAUGAUUUUUUUGUAAAACUACUCAACUUAUCAGAGAAAAGUGACACGGGGAUUGAAAACGGAAUCGCUAAUCGUACGGUGAACUAGAAGAUGUCCAUGCAAACUAAUGCAACGGCCGAAGGCUUUACACUGUGUUCACUGCUAGCAAGUGCCGACAAGUACCAUCCGGAUACGCUGGAUCUUAAUCAGGAUCUUGAAGCAAAGCACUACUGGUUCGGGUGUUUCACCAACAUGGUAAUGAAGUUUGAACGACAAGCAUUGGCUAGCCAACCCAAGGAUAACACCGCUAAAGAGCGUGCACAGGCUUUCCGGGAAAGUUGCAUCGAUGAAUUUCACCAACUGCAAAAUAACCAAAGUGGGUCCACCUCGUUAGGAAUCAGAAAUCUUUUGGAAGUGAUGGAAAGCUCUUUGCGAAGGUAUGGAUUCGAUGAUCCGUGGAAAGAGCAAAAGACGAUUGAGAACAAGGCAUCGGUUGGUUUGCUAAAGCAACGACUAUUGCAGCUAGAUACCAUAUCCAACGAUCGGGAAAAAUGGAUUGAGGUCGUCCGAGGAGUUCUAGCUGGAAAUAUGUUCGAUUGGGGUGCCCAGGCUGUGACAAAGAUUUUAGAAACGAACAAUGGCUUUGGACUACAGCAGGCACUGGAACGAAUACAGAAAAGACCGUGGCUUAUAGAUGAUUUGGACUUGUGGCUAAAAAGAAUAGAAAAUGCGCCACAUCAGUGUGCUAUCAUUUUUACCGAUAACGCUGGUAUAGACUUUGUGCUAGGCAUUGUGCCACUGGUUCGGGAGCUUUUGAAGAGAAACACUAAAGUGCUGCUGUGUGCCACAGUUAAUCCUGCAAUAAACGAUAUCACCUACGCCGAAUUAUUCACCGCUAUCGAGGACUGCUGUAAGCAGUGUGAUAUUCUGCGAAAGGCUUACCAUGUGGAACAGCGGUUGUUACUACUUGGUAACGACCAGAUUGGACCGUGCUUGGACUUCCGGAUGCUCUCGAGAGAUUUGUACGACGCAAUACAGCAGAAUAACGUAGACCUUUUGAUCAUUGUUGGGAUGGCCCGUGCGCUGCAUACCAAUCUCUACGCAAAGUUUACGUGUGAGGCAUUGAAAUUAGCCGUUGUGAAAAACGAAUGGUUGGCCAAACGAUUGGGUGGAGAAACAUUUUCAGUUGUUUGUAAAUACGAAAGGUAAUAACGGUUCCCCGAAGUAAACUAAAUAGAUAACAGAAUAGCUACGCUGUAACAUAAGAAAUUCAGAACAAACUAUAAAUAAAUAUUAGACACGUUGUUUAUAUUUUAA